AAAGAAGAAGUAAUGGAAGCGAACAUAGUUAUUAUUACAUAUGUGACGUAACACACUUUAGCUAGUGUUACACCCUAGAAAGAAAAGUUCAACAACUGGUAAAGAAUCAAGCCAACUGCUAGUCUAAUAAACCGAAGAACAACUAUUCACACAGCCUACAUUUCAGCAACCACAGCAACUUCUUUUACGAUCGAAAAAGGCUUUCAACGCGUAUAUUGCUUGAAGAUCACAGACAAACAACCAGUAGGCAGUUGUAAUGGAAAAGUAGAAGGCUGAAAACACAUCAGGAUCAAAGGAGAAUCUCACCUCUUCUGAAAAACACUCUAAAACCAAAGAGUGAUCUGUCAGCCAGCAGUGACAGUCUCUCAGACAAGACCUCAAAGAACAAACUGGUUGGAGCCAUGAACAAGCUGAAUCCUUUUAAAUCAACUCCCAAAAAGGACAAUGAAGAUGCAAAGUUACUCGGGGACAAGGAGAGGCAGGAAGAGGAAAAGCAAAAAACAGUCAAAAGCAAUCUGAUCCAGAGAGAGAGGAAGGAGAGAACUGAAACACAGCCAGCAGUUCCUCCCAGACCCACUGAAGAGGAGCUGGAGGAUACAGCCUUACAUGACAGACUGAAGAAGAGGGAGACGAAUGACAAUCAGGCUAACUGUAAUAUGAUGCAGAGUGAGAGGAAAGGGAAAACUGCUGAAACUCCAGUGGUUCCUCCUAGACCCACAGAAGAGGAGAUAAACAGACCAGCCAGACGUGGUCAGCAAAAUACAAAAAAAGACAAUCUGGACCAAUGUGAUGAUGAAUGCCUUAAAGUGGGUCAAUCUCUCUUCCCGGUGGUAAAAGAGGGAGAGGACAAGGAUGAAGAAGAGGCCGUGGUUAAACUUACAGAUAGCACAUCAGCCAAGAUGCGAGAACCCACGAGACACAAUCCUUUCAUGCCACGCGGUGCUGGAGGCAAGGGUAAAACCAAGAAGCGCGAACCCCAGCAGGGAGUUUCAGUCAGUGACUCAACAGAGAACAAAGGUGGAAAUAAAUCAUUAUUCGACCAAUUGGAGGUAUUCCGUAUUAAUCCAGCGGAGCCAGAGCAGCAGCAGAAUAUGGAUGGCCUGAUGGAGUGGUGGAGCACAGUGGAGCAGUGGGAAGACAUGCCUCAAGAGCAUGACAUGACUGAGAAAGAGGAGGCCAAGGUGUUUGCAGUGACAGCUGAGAAGGUGCAGAAAGGUAUCCGUGUGUUCAACAAGCUGUUCUCAGAGCGUGCAGAGAGCCUAUGGCAGCACGUCAUUGACCUUAACAGCAUUGCAGACGCCCUCGACUGUUUCAACAAGAAGACUAAGAUCGCCCAAAUCACUGGUGGUUCCACCAGCGCGGUAGGAGGCGUAUGUACCAUUGUAGGCCUCGCCCUGGCCCCCGUCACCUUCGGAACCUCUCUGAUUGUCACGGCGGUGGGGCUGGGCGUGGCCACGGCGGGCGGCCUCACCACGGCUGGAGCCGGAAUCUCCAACACGGUCAACAACUCCAUGGACCGCAAGAAGGUGGAGGCCAUCGUGACGGACUAUCAGGAGAAGAUCACCGACAUCAACAAGUGCAUGCUGUUCAUCAAGCAGGGGAUUGAGAGUCUGCGCAGGUUCGACCUGCUGAAGAUGAAGAAGCAUGCGUACAACCGCGACUUCCCGGGCCUCAACAACAUCUACGAGGAUGGUGCCAUGGCCGGGAAGGCCAUCCUCAUUAAUGCCAAUGAGAUGAUGCGUGUGGUGCAGAUAGCCAACGUGGCGGGCAGCACCGCUGCCAGAGCUGUCCAGAUUGCCAGCAUGGCCACCGGAGUGCUCACCGGCCUCUUUGUGGGCAUGGACAUCUACUUUGUGGCUAAGGACUCCAAGGAGCUGAAGAAAGGAGCCAAGUCAGAGUUUGCAGCCAAGAUCAGGGAGGUGGCGACCCAGCUGCAUGAUGGACUGGUGGAGCUCAAUGGCAUACGGGUUGAGCUGCAGUCCUCAGAUCCAGGCAACACCAAUGAGACCAACACCCAAAACAUAGAUAAUACCAAUUACAGCAAAAAAACAGACAUCUCUGAUGAUGAUAUUAACAACUAUUAAACCUCUAUCAACAAAAGUAAUGUUGAUAACAGCAAUACUUCAGAUAACAGCCAUAAGACCAGAAAAAUCCUAAACUGUAUUUCCAACCCAUCUCUACAACGACACAUCCUGUCAGCAUUAACACUAC